UACAACGUAAGAAAAUGUUAUUUGGGAAAAAGGUUGUAAUGGUCGCAACCUAACUGGCUACAGAGAUCUCUACCAUCUCUACCGGGUUCCUGGCAGCUGGUUCAGCCACACAGUAUUUAACGCAAAUGAGCUCAGUACCUAUAUCUGUAGCUCGCAUGCAGAAAGUCGUCCUGGCUAUCUCGCAAAUACACUCAUUCUCAAGGCGUACUUUGAUCACGAAUGCUUCAAGUAUCAACUUGAAUAUACAAUUGCAAAUCCAUUUGAGUCGUGAAUAGGCAGGUUGCGAUGGAUGUGAUGGUCCCCUCCACGCUCCACGUGAUCUGUUCUAAAAUAUUCGGAAAACUAACCUUGAUUCCGACUUCCUCCUUGAACGGCCCAAACCACCAGAUUACCAGCCCACCAUCGUCGCAGCCUAUCCACUUCGGAGUUCGAUCCAACUCCCAGCGAAAUCCAUUGACCCUCCCCCCUCUUUUGUACCAUAUCACACUCCUUCGCCAUGUUCCGCAAUUCGUUAAUGCGAAGCUCGCGAACCAUCUUACGAUCGCCCGUCGCCGUCCAGCAAAGAUGUGCCCACGCGAUUUCAAACCCAGAACUGGCACAAAUCGAGAAGAGAUGGGAGACCAUGCCACCACAAGAGCAGGCCGAGUUGUGGAUGUCUUUGAGGGAUAGAAUGAAGGCUCCUUGGGCUGAGCUGACGACACAAGAGAAGAAAGCAUGUACGUUCAACCCUCCACAUAGCUACAACACGACACACAAAGCUCAGGCAGAGCUUCAAAAUCUCUCGAUUGGUUUAUGCGAGGUCCGAGGAGGACUAUUUUUCAUCCAUUGACCCCACUUCGGGCAUAAUAUCAGACAGACCAUAGAAGUCAAUAGAUGAAAGAAGCUAAUUUCCUUGCGUCUUCUUAGCAUACUACAUUGCCUUUGGCGACCAUGGCCCACGUGCUCUCACUCCCCCAGGAGAGGGUAUGCAAGUCGCUGGUAUGGUCGCACUCGGUGUUGCUGCCAGUGCCGUACUCUUCGCAAUUAUCCGUUAUUUCGGAGGAGAAGGACCAUCAACAAUGAACAAGGAGUACCAAGAGGCAACCAACGAGUAUCUCAAGGUACGUUACAAACUUCUCUGCGAUUUUUGGGUGUUGCUAGCAUGGAGCUAUAUUUGGAUUCCGGAUAUAUGGAAUUGGCCAUGGCGUGUUUGGUGAAGGUGGCCAUUAAAAAGGGAGGAAUAAGAAAGCAUAGCGAAGGGCAAAAACAUCUAUACACGAAAAGUCAAGCUAAUAUAUCCACUCGCAGGCACAAAACUCGGAACCUAUCACUGGUAUCUCCUCCGAAGGAUACUCUGGCAAGGGCCAAGUCCAAAGCGCACCAAAGAAAAACUAAAUCCUACAACGAACUCCGCUCACUUUCUCCGCGACCUAAUCCCGAGCGUUGCCUAAAUCUAUUUUCAUUUGUUUUCCUGCGGUAGAAGGGGUGGUUCGAUGUGCAUAUAUGGGCUGGAGCUUGGAGACUUUUACAAAAAAAGUGGCAAUCACAGAAGUGGGCUGAACUGUGGUUAACGGUGGGGAAGAGAGAAGACACCUGUACAAAGAUCAAUGCUACGUGCUGAUGUUUUCGUUGGAGAAUAGAGAAUUGAAUCCAUGAUCAAAGUUGUACCUCGGUUUCCUCGCUUCGACUUCAUGACGGGUUUUUCUUUGGGGCAAACACUUGGUAACAUAAAGCUGCAGUUUGCGGCAGUUUUCAUGAGGUCGAGAAUUGUACCACAAACGUCUGGCCACGGCCCGAUAACUGUGACAGAUAUUGGUUUCCCUAGUCAGGUUGAAGCAAUAUAAAUGGGGUUCUCAAUGACUCUGUAUUUGAGGGUAGGGUAGAUUCAUAUCCGAAAUGCAAAAUGUAACAAUGAAAACUAUCAGAGCUCUUCCGGACGAGCAGUGA